CGCGGCCGGAGGGGGGGCGGCCUCCCCUGUUUGAAUUUGAAAACAGAUGGCGGGAGCGCCGGCGGCCUGAUCGAGCGGCCGGGCGACCGGAGCGAAGGAUGGAGUCAUUUUCGAGUCAAGCGGGGGCCCCCAGGCCAUCGUAUAUUGUUAGUGCUGAUCCGGUUGGAAGACCUGUUGGAAUCAACGUUGAAGAUAUUAAACUUGAUCUCUCCCAUGAAUUUUCUUUUGUUGCCUCCAGUUCUAAAGGAAGCAAUUUGGACUCCAAGGAACAUCUACAAAUUUGCCUUCGAAUAAGGCCUUUUACCCAAUCAGAAAAAGACAGUGAUUCUCAGAGCUGUGUGAUCAUUCUUGAUUCGACUAGUAUCGCCCUGAAGGAUCCCAGAAAUGUAAUGGGUCGGCCGAGUGAAAAAAGUGGGCAGAUGGCCCAGAAAUUCAGUUUUUCAAAGGUUUUCGGCCCAGAAACCACACAGAAAGAAUUCUUUGAAGGUAGUGUGAUUCAGCCGGUGAGGGAUUUCUUGAAGGGACAGAGUCGUCUGAUUUUUACUUACGGAGUAACAAACGCGGGAAAGACAUUCACCUUCCAAGGUACAGAAGAGAAUCUUGGCAUCUUGCCUAGGACAAUGAACAUGUUGUUUAAUAGCAUCCAAGGUAAACUAUAUCAAAAGAUGGAUUUCAAGCCACACAGAAGUCGAGAUUACUUGCGGUUGACUCCCACCCAGGUGAAAGAAGAAGCUGCCGUUAAAAGUGCACUGCUUCAACAGAUUAAAGAGGUAGAUUCUCAGAACUGCAGUUGGGAUAUCUCUGAGGGAAGCUUGAUGAGCUCUGUGAAUGUCUCAACAGAUCUUGAAGAAUCCAUCAAAGAUUGUGAACAGCACAGUUUGAAUGCAGAAAAUUAUGUCAGGUUUUCUGUCUGGGUUUCUUUUUGUGAGAUCUAUAACGACUGUAUUUAUGACUUAUUUGUUCCGGUGUCAAAUGACAAGUUCCAAAAAAGAAAGAUGUUACGCCUUUCUCAAGAUGUAAAAGGCUGCUCUUUUAUAAAAGAUCUCCAAUGGAUUCAAGUUUCUGAUUCCAAGGAAGCAUACAGACUUUUAAAAUUAGGAAUAAAACAUCAGAGCGUUGCCUAUACCAAACUAAACAGUGUCUCCAGUAGAAGUCACAGCAUAUUCACUAUCAGAACAUUACAGAUUGAAGAUUCGGCAGUGCCUCGGGUUGCACGAGUCAGUGAAUUAUCGUUGUGUGAUCUUGCCGGUUCAGAACGUUGUACGAAGGCACAGAAUGAAGGUGAAAGAUUAAGAGAAACGGGAAACAUUAACGUUUCUUUACUGACACUGGGCAAGUGCAUUAAUGCCUUGAAGAAUAGUCAGCAGUCAAAGUUGCAACAACAUGUGCCUUUUCGGGAGAGUAAACUCACUCACUAUCUUCAAGGCUUUUUCAGUGGUAAAGGGAAGAUAUUCAUGAUCGUGAACAUCAACCAGAGUUGCUCUGCCUACGACGAAACCCUCAACGUGUUGAAGUUCUCAGCAGUUGCACAGAAAGUAUUUGUUCCAGACCCCGGACAAUGCUCUCAAGAGAAACUGGUUGGUCAGAUCAAAUCUUCCAGAGAUGUGUCAUUCAUCAUUAAUAAUGCAAAGAGUAAAAUGUCACUGGCAAAUAUGAGAAACUCCAUAGAAUGGGAGAGGAGUCUUGAGGAUCUAAUGGAAGAUGAAGAUCUGGAAGCGGAUACAGAUGAAACGGAAGAAAGCCAUAUGGAAACGGAGAUCCAAGAAGAGGAAUUAGAAGAAAAUUUGGAAGGGGAGAGCGAUGAUGACUUUAUCAUUAGCAAAGAGAAAUACCAGAAACUAAUUGAUGUAAUAGAAGACUUGAAAAACAAGUUAAUAAUGGAAAAAAAGGAAAAAUUAAUUAUGGAAUUACAAAUCCGUGAUGAAGUCACUCAAGAGUUUACCCAGUAUUUUUCUCAACGGGAAACUGAUUUUAAGGAAUGCCUUCUUCAAGAAAGAGAGUUGCUCGAAGAAAGUUCUGAGCGGCGCUUGGCAAUCCUAAAGGAUUUGAUUGGUAAAUCUAGAACCUCAGAGGAUGUGGCUAUGACAUCUGAUAUAGAGGAAACUUCUGCUUGUUUGGAACAAAAGCCUCAUCAGAUGACACCUACAUUAAAUACAACCCAAGAAUUGACAGAGACACCAAAUGAGCCUGCUGAUCACAUCUUUCCUGAAGAAAGACCAAACAGAAUUUCUGAAAAAGAGACAGAAAUUAGAGCUCUACAAGAAAAAAACAAAGCACUUGAAAGUCAUUUAAUUGUGCUCAAAAGCGAACUUAAAAACGAAAAGACAGCGAAAGCGGAAUUUGGGGAGAAACUUGUAAAUUUGCAAGAGGAACUCUCUUCCUCAGAAGACAGGGCUUUUAAGUUAAGAGAAGAGAUGCAGCAAAUUCAGUCUAAUUAUGAGAAAGCAGUUUCUGAAUCUCACCUACAGAAAGUUACAAUCGAAGAACAGGAAGAAAAAAUUAUGAAACUCUCCGAAGAGGUAACCGCUUCCAGGCAAAGUAUCGCAAAGCAAGUGUCAGCAGUCAAAGCAAUGCAGGCCAAAAUAGACCAGCUGUGUAUGUUGGGUUCAGUGGGAGAUUUUACCAGUCUAAAGGACCCUCCAGGAGAUUCGAUGAAAACCAACGACCCUUGUGCCAACACACAGCGUAAAGAUUCUAAUGUUGAAGGCGUAGGACGGGCGACUUCUUUCCACUGUAGUAUGGAAGCCAUUUGGGAAGAGUGCAAGGAGAUGGUGAAGACCGCCUCCCAAAAAAGACAAUGGAUCCAGGAAUUGGUACAGCAGAUUGAAAAACUGCUCAGAGAAGUGAAAAACCACGAAGAUGAGAACAACCAACUCAAAUUGAAAAUAAGAGAGACUUUGAAUCAGGAGAACCUUCUAAAGGAAAAGGAAAGACUUGUUAACGAGUUAAAAGAACAAUUAACAAAUCAGAAGGCCCUUCUAAAGGAAAAAGAAAGUCUCAAUAACCAAUUUAAAGAAAAAGAUAGGAAUCAGGAGAGCCUUCUGAAAGAAAAAGAAAGACUUGUUAACGAGUUAAAAGAACAAUUAACAAACCAAGAGGCCCUUCUAAAGGACAAAGAAAGUCUCAUUAACCAAUUUAAAGGAAAAGAUACGAAUCUGGAGAGCCUUCUGAAAGAAAAAGAAAGACUUGUUAACGAGUUAAAAGAACAAUUAACAAACCAAGAGGCCCUUCUAAAGGACAAAGAAAGUCUCAUUAACCAAUUUAAAGGAAAAGAUACGAAUCUGGAGAGCCUUCUGAAAGAAAAAGAAAGACUUGUUAACGAGUUAAAAGAACAAUUAGCAAACCAAGAGGCCCUUCUAAAGGACAAAGAAGGUCUCAUUAACCAAUUUAAAGAAAAAGAUGCGAAUCAGGAGAGCCUUCUGAAGGAAAAAGAAAGACUCGUUAACCAGUUAAAAGAACAAUUAACAAACCAAGAGGCCCUUCUAAAGGAAAAAGAAAGUCUCGUUAGCCAACUUAAAGAAAAAAUUACGAAUCAGGAGAGCCUUCUGAAGGAAAGAGAAAGUCACCUUAACCAACUAAAGGAAAAAUAUACAUAUCAGGAGGUCCUUCUAAAGGAAAAAGAAUGCCUUAUUAACCAACAAAAAGUACAGAUUCAAGAAAAAGCAGACAACCUUGAUAUUGAAGUCCAGAAUGCACUUAGAGAAAAGCAUGCAUUUUUAGAACUUGAAAAACAAGCUACCAGCUACAAGGCGAAAAUAGAAGAAAUGGAAAAUAUCUUAGGAAGCAAGAGAGCUAAUGAUAACCAUCUAGCCAGGUUAGAACAAUUGGUUCAGGAAAGAGAAUCUCACAUUUUAAAAGUGGAGACCCAUCUGAAAGAUUUGCAAGAAAAUCAUCAGAAUUCAAUCAAAGCCAUCAAAGAGCUAAAUGACAGUGAAAUCAAGUUGAAAGAGGAAAUCAACCAAUUGACAAAUAAUUUGCAAUCUGUGAACGACUCACUUCAGUUAAAGGUUAAAGAAAAUGAAACCAGGAUGCAAAAAACACAAAAGUUGGAAGAAGAACUCUCUGCUAGCUGCGCUCUUGCCCAGAAUUUGAAAGCGGAUCUUCAGAGGAAAAAAGACGAAUAUGAAGAUCUGAAAGAGAAACUGGCUGAUGCCAAAAAGCAGAUUCAGCAGGUAUCUGCAAUAUGUGAAGAGGAGAAAUUAUUGAGGAACAAAGUUAAUGAUCUAGAGAAAAUUAAAAAACAAUUUGCUCAGGAACUCAUUGCCAAACAACAAGUCAUUCAACAACUUAAGGAUCAGCUGAAGAACGAGAAGGCGGAAGAGACCGUUCAGCAGUACCGCAGCGCAUGCGAAGAUUUGAAAAUUAAGGAGAAGAUUAUUGAAGACAUGCGAAUGACGUUGGAAGAACAGGAACAGACCCAGCUGGAACAGGAUCGAGUGCUGGAGGCUAGAAUGGAAGAAGCCGAAAGGCUGGCUGCAGAACUGGAAAAGUGGCAGCAAAAAUACAAGGAGUUGGAGACCAAGAGCAGAGAUGAAAUGCAGCAAAAUACCAAUCAAAAUCAUGAGGGGACCAACACCGCGACACUCAAUGAAGAGCUUAUUAAGUUAAAAGAACAGAUGGAGGAAUCUGAAAAGAAGCAUGAGGCAGAUAGAAGGAAAUGGGUGGAAGAAAAAAUGGGGCUUAUCACUCAAGCAAAAGAAGCUGAAAACCACCGAAACAGAGAAAUGAAAAAAUAUACCAAAGAUCGAGAGCGUCAUGCAAAACAACAGACUGAACUGGAAAGGCUUACUACUCAGCUGGCAGAGAAGGAGAGCGACCUUCAGAAGUGGCGUGAAGAGCGAGAUAAAUUGGUUGCCAUCUUAGAAAUACAGCUCAAAACUCUGCUAUCCAGUAACGUGGAGAAAGAUAAUGAAAUCAAGCAACUCAAAAAGACUAUAUCAGAGAACCCGGGCAACACAAAUAGAAUGAAAGAACUGAGUUCACAGUUGGCUGAGAGAGAAAAUGACAUUAAGAAGCCAAAAGAACUAAUUUAUCGAGAGAAAUCUAAUUCUAGAAAAGUAACAGCGUUGACAAAAGUAGAGCAGAAUAAUAUGGAAAAGCUCUGUUGCCCUCAAAAGGAAAAGCAGACCACGGAUGACGAUAAAGCCGGACAAACUAUUCCUAUUAGCUGCGACACAGUUGAAAACUCCACUAAAUCACUACAGUGUCCAAGUAAUUCAUCUUCCCUGGAUGAAACUGAGGCCAGUCCGGAUGUAGUUCUUGAGUCUUCUGAUGUGUCUACAGAAAAUGGGAAAACUAGCCGGUUUCCAAAACCAGAAUUAGAGAUUCAGUUUACGCCUUUACAGCCUAAUAGAAUGGCAGUGAAGCACUCCAGUAGCACUCUGCCAGUAACGGUUAAGAUCACCAGAUCGAGGAAGAGGAAGAGUCACGAGAUGGAUGAGGAAUUUGUUAAAAGUGAAAAUAAGAAGAAUGCUGCUAGAACUAAUUUGAACUCUCCUUUCUCCAAGUUCAGUUCUCCUGUCAAAAGGGAGCAAAAGAGUACCACUGCAUUCUCAUCUAAAAAGGGGCAUUAUUCACAGAAACAAACUACUCUCCGCACCGACUCAGCGUCCGUGAAAAAAGAUGGAACACUACAAAAGCUUGGAGGUUUCUUGCAUGGUUCUCCAAAAUUUCACUCAAAGGCCAAGAAACUGAUUGAAACAAUAAGCUCUCCGAAGCCUACCGAAGUGGAACCGAGUAAAGAAAAUAAAUCCAGGACAAAGAGAGCCAAACGGAAGCUGUAUUCCACAAAUAUUUCCUCUCCCGUAGAUAUUCCUGGUCAGGUGAUAAUUUGGGAUCAAAAGAACAAGGAAAGUGAUCACCAGAUCCUCAGACGACAACUCCGGCCCAGACUAGCCAAAUGACUUUUAUGUGGAUAACUUUUUUAAAUUCAAUUCUUCGUGUGAUUGAUUGGGGCAGUUUUCUCUGCCUUUAUCAUUGCUAAUUGUAUAUAUCAUAAUUUUAUCCUGCUUUAAAUAUCUUUGUAAAGGUGCCUUUUAUAUAUGUGUGUAUAUAUAUAUGCUGCAAUUAAAGAUGAAUGUUUCAAGAA